AAAAUAGUUUUAGAUCCAUUUGACACGAUGAGUGAAGAAGACUUGGUUGAGUGGUCUCUGAGAAACACCAUGGCAUUGUCACCUAUGAGUUUCUUGGAACAUGCUUCCACUGUCUAUGGAGACAACCUCGCCAUCGUCUUCGAUCAUAAUGUCAGAUUUUCUUGGCGACAAACCCAUCACAGAUGCCUCAAACUUGCUUCUGCUAUGGUUAACUUUGGUCUUUCUCACAACGAUAAUGUUGCAGCUUUGGCACCAAAUAUUCCAGCACUGUACGAGCUUCAUUUUGGUGUUCCUAUGGCAGGGGGUGUUCUUUCUGCGCUGAAUACUCAAUUGGAUGUGACAGUAUUGGCUCUGAUAUUGGAACAAUUAGAGCCAUGCAAAAUCAUGUUUGUGGACUACCAGUUAAUUGAUUCUGCCCUCAAGGUGUUUGAAAUUCUCUCCCAAAGAAAAUGCAAGCUACCCCAUAUUGUUCUAAUACCACGUUAUGACCAAGAACCAUCUUUCUCAGCGAAUGAUAUCCCCCCAGGUACAUUAAACUACAAUGAACUUCUUGCAACUGGAAAAAAUGAUUUUGAGCCUUUAAAACCAAGCAAUGAAUGCAAUCCCAUAUCAGUGAACUACACCUCAGGCACCACAGGGAUCCUUCCAAAAGGGGUUGUUUAUAGCCAUAAAGGUGCUUGUGUUAAUUCACUUGCAGCAAUUGCUCGUUUUGAGAUGAAACAAAUGGCAGUGUUCCUAUGGACAGUUGACAUGUUUCGUUGCAAUGGAUGGUGCUUUCCAUGGGUCAUGCCUCUUAUUGGUGGCACCAAUAUUUGCUUAAGGAAUGUCUCAGCAAAAGGUAUAUUUGAUGCAAUUCACCGUUACAAGGUAACUCAUUUUUGUGGUGCACCUACCCUUUUGGACAUGAUUGCAAAUGCAUCACCUGGUGACCGGAGGCCUCUGCCUCAUAGGGUGAAUGUCACAGUUGCUGGUGUGCUACCACCUAGCCAUGUUCUUAACAAGGUGUCACAGCUUGGAUUUGAUGUGAACAUAGGAUAUGGUAUGACAGAGACUUAUGGUCCUUUCAUUGUAAGACCAUGGAACCCCACUUCAGAUGGUGAACAUACAAAACUGAAUUAUGGUAUGUCAGAGGUUAUGCAGAAUGUUGAUGUGAAGGAUCCAAAGACUAAUGAAAGUACUCCUCCUGAUGGGAAAACCAUAGGUGAAAUUGUGUUCAAAGGGGAAGCUUUGAUGAUGGGGUACCUUAAAAAUCCACAAGCAACUGAAGAGGCUAUUAGGGAUGGAUGGUAUAUGACUGGGGACCUUGGUGUUAGACAACCAAAUGGUUCAAUCACAGUGAAGGAUAGAGCAAAGGAUAUGAUGUAUUGUGAGGGAGAAGCUGUGAGCUCAAUAGAGGUGGAAGCAGUGCUGUUGAAUCAUCCAAAGGUUUUGAAAGCUGCUGUUGUGGGGAGAUGUGAUGAAUAUUUGGUGGAAUCACCAUUUGCAGUUGUUGAAUUGAGAGAGGGAUGCAGUGCCACUGUUGAAGAAAUCAUCAAGUUCUGUGAAGAUCAUUUGGCUAGUCAUAUGGUUCCAAGGAGUGUGGUAUUUGGAGAUUUACCUGUUAAUUCAACUGGGAAGGUUCAGAAAUUUCGCAUCAGGGAGAAGAUCAAAACCGAGAGUGGUGUUACUCAAUGAAAGAGGAUGUGCUUUGUUUGAUUAUAAAUAAAGAGUUGAGUGAAAAUUGACAAAUGUUAUAAUCUAUUAAUUUGAUCUCGUUUGUUGCUUAUUCCAGAUACAUUAUUACUAAGAAGGUUUAGUAGCUUGUGAAUCGUUGUAAGUUUUAUGUUCAAUUCUUACACAGGAUAAAAAGAAAAAACGAAGGUUUUAUUUUAU